AUGUCUAUAUCAACUACAAAAAUUAAUCCAACUUAUAUUGGUUAUAUAGGUUCAACAAAAGAUGCCCUAUUAAUCAUUCAAGCUUGUCUUAAUAAUCAAUUGCUUACAGUCCCAAGAAGACCUCAUGAUCGGGAACGGUCUCAAUUAAUAUCAAGUGGUAAUGUAUUUGUAUUUAUUGAAGAAAGAAGUGGUAUCAAAAGAUGGACUGAUGGUGUUGCUUGGAGUCCUUCUAGGAUCCUAGGUAGAUUUUUAGUUUAUAGAGAAUUAGAUCGUCAAGCUCUAAAUUCCAAAGAAAAAUCAAAAUAUAAUGAUAAAAAAAAAUCAAUAAGUUCAUCUAGUUCUAGUUCAAUUAGGAAAAAUAGUUUUGAUGAUUCUUCAAUAAAUAAUAAUGGGUCUCAAUCAAAUUCAAUUGCAAAUAGAUCAUUAGUUGGUUCUUUAGUCACAUCAUAUGCUUUUAAAGAAUAUGGUUUAAUUAAAAAAACCAUGAGUGUAACAAUUAAUAGAUUAGAUUUAUCAACCCAGACUCAUUUAACUGAAACUAUUCAUUUAAUUUCUUAUUAUAGUGCAGAAGAUGUCUUAAAUGGUAAAUUAACAAGACCUGUUGAUAAUAAUUCUUCAUUGUCAAAAAUUCAAUUAUCAAAUGAAUUAUGGACUGCAGUUAAAGAAAGUUCACUUGGUGGGAAAAUUCCAUUAGAAGAUGAAGCUUUUUAUUUUAUGGAUCAAUCAAAUCCAAAUGCUAUUGCUUUGGGUUUUAAUCCUGCUAUUCAUUUACAACCUCAAUAUCAACAAAAUAGACCAUCAAUUCAACAACAACAACAAGCUAUACCCCAACAAAUUCCAUCAUCAUCAUCAACAACAACAUCAACAAAUACAUCACAACAACAACCUUCUUCAAAUCCACCACCACCAGUACCACAACCUACAACAAUACCAUCACAAGGUCUUUCCUUACCACCACCACCACCACCACAACAACAAGAUUUAAAUAACCUACCAAUGUUUUACCAAUAUCCUCGUUAUUCACCAUCAAUUCAAUAUCAACCACCUUUAUUAAAUGAAUCAAAUUCUCAUGGACCACAACAACAACCACCACCACCAACAAUCCCACAUCAUCCUCCUCCUCCACCACGUCGUCAUACAACUCAAGCAUCAUCAAUAUCACCAUCAUCACAACAUAAAUCAGAUAUUUCACCAAUUAUUAAAACUGAAUUAUCUGGUAAUAAUUUCCCAAAUUUCAAUCCACCACCAAAUCAACAACAAGGACAACAAGGACAAGGUCCACAACCAACAUUAAUCCCACAAGGUUCUUAUACACCAGUUUCUUCAUUACCUUUCUCCUCACAAUCAAAUAAUACUGGAUCAUUACAAUCUGGGAAUUCUUUACCUUUUACAAAUUUUAAUAAUAUUCCAGGUGGUGUUGGUGGGAAUACAAGUGGUGGUGUCCAGGGGAAUAAUGUUAUCCAGGGGAAUAGAUGGUUUGGGUAUGAUGAUAAUGGUUAUGUGGGUUAUCAAUUUGGUCAGAAUCAUUAA